AAACAAAAAACCAAAACAAAAGCGUCCCUUGGUGGCGUGGCGGGCCGCGCAGCUGCGAAUCAAAGAGAGAAGGGAAACGAAUCGCGAGAGCUCCCGGCCGCCACCGCCGCGACGUCGCCGGCGGCGAGAGGCGAUGGGCAACGCGCUGGCUUCCGCGCCGUCAUCCUCCUCCUCAUCCACCUCCCGCUUCGCCAUAGCCUCCAGGGCCUUCUCGAAGCAGGAGCUGGACGGCCUCCGCGCGCUCUUCGCCUCUCUGGCGGCGCAGUCGCGGACCACCGCCGGCGGCGGCGGCCGCGCCAUCUCCCGCCCCGUCUUCCUCGAGUAUUUUGGGAUACGUGGGGCCCUAGGGGAUCGGCUGUUCCAGUUGGUGGCGAGGGAGAGCGGCGGGGGUGAGGGCAUCACCUUCGAGGACUUGAUCGUCUCCAAAGCAACAUACGAGAGAGGAACUCGAGAUGAAGUUGAUGAAUUCAUUUAUCAACUAUGUGAUGUUACAGGAGAUGGAGUUUUAGAAAGGUCUGAUCUGGAAACUAUCUUGGCAUCUAUUCGUGAAACCAUAUUUUUAGAAAAUAAGGAAGCUGGAGAAGGUUCAAACAACAGGACAUUCGAAGCAUUUAUCAACUCUGCAGUGUUUUCAAAGGACGCUGGAGGGGUCGCAAGGAAGUCUAUGUCACUAUCAGACUUUAGGAGCUGGUGUACUCUCAUUCCAUCAUUGAGGAAGUUCCUUGGAAGUUUGUUGAUGCCACCUGAUUUAGGCAGACCAGGCUUCCAAGUUCCAGUACUUCAUUAUCCAGAGAACAUCUCCCAUGACUUGCUGCUUUUAAAUAAAGAGUACGCUUGGCAUAUUGGAGGUGGUUUCUCACAACAGGAGGUUCAAGAAUGGAAGCUUCUGUAUCACAGUUCUCUUCAUGGACAAAGCUUCAACACUUUCUUAGGCAAUGUAACGAAUGGAGAUGCACAGACUGUUAUAAUUGUUAAAGAUACUGAAGGAUUUGUUUUCGGUGGAUACGCGUCACAUCCUUGGGAAAGGCACAGUGAUUUUUAUGGCGAUAUGAAAACAUUCCUGUUCAAGUUAUAUCCUGAAGCAUCCAUUUUCCGCCCUACAGGAGCAAACAAAAACCUACAAUGGUGUGCCAUGAACUUCAGUUCAGACUCCAUUCCAAACGGUAUUGGCUUUGGAGGGCAGCCGCACCACUUUGGUUUUUUCCUAUCUGCAAAUUUCGAUCAAGGUCACUCAUUUACAUGUACAACAUUCACCAGUCCUGCCCUUUCAAAGACAAACAGGUUCAGGCCAGAGGUAAUUGAAUGUUGGGGCAUACAAACGAAGGGAGCACUCGAUGAAAAAGCAGAGCUUGUCAAGGGGACAGUCCUAGAGAGAUUCAAGGAGGAUCGGAACAUGCUGAAGCUAGUCGGUUUAGCCAACGCCAGUGAUUGACGACUGAAAGACACCACCAACAGUAAACACUCAAAGGAUCCUGUCACCAUGUACAGCACGAUUUUAUAGAAGAUGAUACUCGCUUUGUUUCGCAAUGUAGGUAUUUAUAACAUUGCCUAGAUUCAUAUGGAUGCUAAUGAAUCUAGACACAUAUAUAAAUUAUAUGUAUUCAUCCGUGAAUGAAUUUAAGUAAGGCUAGAAAGACCUAAAGUAUGAAACGAAAGUAGUAGAUCCAAAGACCACGGCCUUGCGUUGCUUAUAUACGAGUGUUACUAGCUCUCUACUUAUUUGAUCCAAACUGAAGCGUGUUUAGGUGCAUGGAGUUGGUCUGCUCCUUUUGUAACUGUUAGAUCAACUUUUUACUGCCGGCUUCCUGAAUGAUGUGAGAGCGGCGGAACUGAUUGUAUUUUGAAGCAUUGUUUGUUUGUCAAUAUAAUGUCGGCUGCUGAAUACAGAUA